UUGGUUUCUAUUUCAAGUUGACGUUGGCUGUCAUAUCGUCAACAAUAAAAAGUACUCUGCAGUGAGAAAGGACGACUCUGUCGUUCCCUAGAAAUGUAUAGCCCAUGGAAAAGUAAUAUUUUGGGUGUUGUAAUACGAGCGUGGAUGUUUAAUUCGGGGUUCUACGAGUCGCUGUCUGAUAGAGUGGAAAUAUCGACUCCUUUGAACUCAUGGAAGCGCGUGGUUGAAGGUGUUUACCUGCAUCAGCGAUCUCAAUCUCCUUAUGAAGGAGAUGUCUUUCAUGAGACUCCGACAGGACUCCUUUUCUACACAUAUUUAUUAAAAUUAAAUUGCAAUGUUUUGCAAGCAGUCUUCAUAUUGUGUGAUGUCAUUACAGCAAUUGUAUUGACAAAGGCAACACGGUUAUUUAUUCAGGAUAUUGUAAAAGACCAGCAGAACAAAUUGAAAACAUACCAUAAAGAUGCCAAAACAAUUACCUUGAAAAAAGAAGAAGUAGCCAAUGUUCCUCAGUACGUUACGGCUGCCUACCUGCUAAACCCUUAUAUAGUGUGCAGCUGUGUAGCUAUGACAACAACAGUGUUUGCCAAUUUGAUUCUAUCCCUAACACUGUUCGCUAUGGCCAAGAGGUCCCGAUUGCUAUCAACUUGCUGUCUUGCUCUUGCCUCUCAUCAGAGUUUUUAUCCAGUCAUGCUUUUGGUACCGAUUGCUAUAGCAACAGCCAAGGAGAAACAACUGCUCAAAUCAGUCUUUUUGACAAUCACGAGUUAUGCACUUUUUACGUCUUUGUUGAUCUGGUUCUCCUACCUGUCGACAGGAAGCUGGCGAUUCAUUGAAUCGACAUAUGGUUGCAUUUUGAAGGUUCCUGAUUUGACGCCCAAUAUUGGUCUCUUCUGGUACUUUUUCACCGAGAUGUUUGACCACUUUUAUCUAUUCUUUACCUACGUCUUCCAACUCAACCCCUUUAUCUACGUGAUCCCAUUGGCUAUACGUUUUGAUGACAACGUUCCUUUACUCAGCUUCACCUUGUGCGCGAUCAUGGCCAUAUUUAAAUCAUAUCCGUCCAUAGGGGAUGUAGGUUUCUACCUAGCUCUCUUGCCGCUUUGGAAUCAUCUAGUUCCCUUUUUCAGGCACUCUUUUAUCGUUGGCUGCAUCUUCUUGGUGACAUCAGUUCUUAGUCCUAUCCUUUGGUAUCUCUGGAUAUAUACUGGUUCAGCCAACGCAAAUUUCUUUUUUGCCACCACUUUGGCCUUCGCAACAGCUCAGAUUUUUCUCCUGACGGACGUUCUGUUUGCACAAGCAAAAUAUGACUACCAUCUCAAACAUGGGGUCGACUUAAAAAUUAAUGGUAAAGAUGGUAUGCUAGUCUUGGAAUGAUGGCUAACUGUGUAUUAUUACAAGAGUCAGUUUUUUUUUUCAAUAACCAGUACAAGUUUAACACUUGG